AUGUUCGUCCUGACGCGCAUCUCGGACGUCAUUCCGGUGGCUCCGGAGCUCUUCGACGCUGACUACACGCAAGUUCUGAUCGAGGAGAUCGACCGCAAGUACGCGAAUAAGGUCAUCGCAGAUGUGGGGCUCUGUAUCACGCUCUACGACUUCGUGAGCAUCGGUGACGCAUUUGUGCACCCGUCGGAUGGCACGUCGCACUCGCAGGUGGAAUUCCGCUUGGUUGUGUUCAGACCAUUUGUGGGCGAAGUGCUCAAGGGACGCAUCGUGAGCUGCACGGAAGAACACAUCCGAGUUAGUAUGGACUUUGUACAGGACAUCAUCAUCCCGUCCUACGCCUUGCAGACGCCGUCGUACUUUGACACGGCAGAGAGACUUUGGGUCUGGAAGUACUCGGAAGGACAAGAGAAAUUCUACAUGGACUUGCACGAGGAAAUUCGCUUCCGAGUCACCAACAUCAAUUUCACACGCGUGACCAAGACAGCAAAAGGCAUUCAAGCUACGACGACAGAGGCGACAGACAAGGCGGAGAAGGAGAUUAGUGCUGGUGACAUGCGGCAAUCCCUGGCCCGUCGACGGUCGUCAAGUGUGGAUCUAUCGGACAACGACCCCACACCGUCUGCCAUUCACAUCCUGGCAACGAUUGAUGAGGACGGACUGGGUCUGUCAUCGUGGUGGACGAGUUAAGGUCCUUUAUUGCCAGUGAGGACGAAGAGUCCCUAAGCGAUGAUACCUCGCAAAAACGCAGUUAUCAUCAUACUUCAAA